UAUAUGUUUCUUACCCUCUUGAUUAAAACUCUUUCUUACAUCUAAAAAAAUCACGUAACUUAAUAUGAACAUGAAGAAUCUCUACCUUGCAAUUUUAUAUCUCUUGGCGGCUUCAACACUUCCAUUUGCCAUUGCUUCGGACCCAAGCCCCCUUCAAGACUUUUGUAUCGGUGUCAACACCCCAGCUAAUGCUCUGUUUGUGAACGGAAAAUUCUGCAAGGACCCGAAGCUUGUCACAGCAGAUGACUUCUAUUUCUCAGGGCUUGACAAGGCAAGAACUACUGAAUCUAGUCCAGUUGGGUCUAACGUGACAACCGUGAAUGUUAAUCAGAUUCCAGGGUUAAACACCCUUGGAAUCUCACUUGUCCGUAUUGAUUAUGGAAUUAAUGGACAAAACCCGCCUCACACGCAUCCACGCGCUACCGAGAUCUUGCUUGUCCAAGAAGGAACUCUUUUCGUUGGUUUUUUCUCAUCAUUCCCCGAAAAUCGCCUAUUCAACAAAACGCUCAACAAAGGGGAUGUAUUUGUGUUUCCAGAGGGACUCAUUCAUUUCCAAGUGAACAUUGGAAAACAACCCGCUGUUGCAUUCGCUUCUCUAAGUAGCCAAAACCCUGGUGUCAUCAUUAUCGGUAACACCUUGUUUGGGUCUAAACCGCCUAUAGACCCGAAUGUUCUUGCAAAGGCAUUUCAGUUGGAUCCUAAGGUGAUCAUUCAACUACAGAAAAAAUUCGGAUAAAAUGAAAAAUUAUUGUGGUUUCAAUUGCUUUCAUAUUUUUUCUACCUUAGUCCGUAUAAUGAUCAUGCAUGUAUAUAUCAUCCGUUCAUCAAUAACGUGACAUGAUGCUUGGUCAAUGUUUUUUCCUUUCAUUUGAUUGUGAUAAAAUACCCUCAAACUAGUUGUAAUGAUCUUUUCUUA